AUGGACUUACUUGUAGCUGCAUAUGCACGGUCAGAAGGUGUGCGUAUUGAUGGACGCCGCAUCCUUGUCGAUGUCGAGCGCGGCCGCACAGUGCCUGACUGGAAGCCAGCAAGGCUCGGUGGUGGCUUGGGCGGCCAAUCGCGCAAGCCGAAACAAAAAGUCCGGCCUGAUUCUUUCCGUGGCGUUGUGGGUGGUCGUGGUGGAUUUGGCCCUGCCGGCGGCGGCGGCGGCGGCGGCCGUGGUGGUGGCUUCCGUGGUGGACGCGGCGGGUUUCGAGGUGGUGGCCGUGGCGGCGCGGGCGGUGGAUUCCGCGACCGCGGAAGCAGCUUCCGUGAUCGCGGCGGCGACCGCUUCAGUCGGCCUCGCGAUCAUAGCUACCGCGAUCGAGAUGGACUCCAUGAUGCAUCUGGAUCUUUAUCGUACGGCGCACCGGGUCCUGCACGUUCUUACGAAGAUCGCGCGCCAAAGCGUAUGCGCUACUAG